AUGCUUGGACUCGACGACGUGGUCCCGGACGUUGCCGCAAGGCUCGCCGAACUGACCGAAAUGGGGCGCAUCGAGACCGAUUCGCAGGCACGCCACGUCAUCUACCGUGAAAUGUCUGAGCUUAUGGUCGACAACUGCGGUGAGAUGACGGUGCUCCAGGUACGCGACUCAGUCGCGCAUCGGACGAACAUCGGCAACAUCGUUCCGGCCGCCCACGCCUUCACGCCCGAAUUCCGCUACAUGACCAAGAAAUAG